CUUCCCGGCUUGACUCUCUCUAUCAUUUCAAACAUCUACCUUUCUUUCUCUCUAUCUGUACUCACGUCGUCUAUCUGUUCUUCAUAUAUACACCUGUGUAUCUCUCCCCGGUGAUUUGCCGCUUGGUUUUAGGUUUUUCAAUUCGGAAUCGGGCUGCUUUUUCCUGGUACUCAACAAUGCUUGCAGGGAACUUACAAAUUCAACAUGAAGAAGGAACUCAAGAUGAUGUAAACAGAAAUGCUGAAACAAAAGUAAUUGAAUCUCAGUCAGUUGCCCCUGAUAAAUAUGAUGAUUAUGAUUUGAGUCAUUUGAUGAUGUCUGAGGAUGAAUCAGAUGGGGAUGAUGAUGAAGAUUUUGUUCCUACAUUUGAAGAGACUGAGUAUUCUGAGGAUGAUGAGACAACUUCUUUGGAGGAGGAAGAGCUAGCAGUGGCAGAGCCAAUUGAUGCUAAUAAUGAGAUUGCUCUUUUGGAAAUGGAGCGUAGGAUUCCUUUAGCUGAACUACAUGCAAGGUAUAAAAUGGUAUGUGCAAUGGACGGAGACGAGGAUCUACCUGUUGUCGUCGUCGAUCCGCCACAGUCUGAUCGCGCCGUCGAGCCCGAGCCGCUGCCGUCUGACCACGCCGCGGUCGAGCCCAACCUAGACGCCGAGCCGUUGUCGUCUGACCAUGCCGCGGUUGAGCCCAACCUAGACGCCGAGCCGCUGCCGUCUAACCACGCCGCGGUCGAGCCCAACCUAGACGCCGAGCCGUUGCCGUCUGACCACGCCGCGGUCGAGCCCAACCUAGACGUCGAGCUCCCGGAUAUGGUCGCAUCCCGUGUGUCUUGUGAGGAGCUAAUGCGCCGAUUAAAGGCCCGUGUUCCCACCGCGAAGAGGCAAAAGACGGGUGAAAGUAGCCGCGCUCAUCCUCUACCUCCACCGGGCCCACAGAGUUGGACCCUAAGGAGCUGCGAUUCAAGGCCGAGCUUGGCCUCCACCACCGCCGACCUUUCCGCUCGAGUUGCCGAGCCCGUGGUGCACGUUCCACUGACCACUUCAGCGCAUUGGGCCGUUGACCUCCCCCCUACGGCCUCACUUAUGCGAGGUGACAUUCCGAUCGAUGCAUUGGUGCGGAGUCUCCUCCUCCCCCGCGACUCAGAGUUAUAUGAGGGCUGCCCCAACUUUCGCCCCGCGCUUGAGAGUCUUCUUCGCCAAGUCGCCAUGGAUGAUACUUUGAGGGCUACUCGGGCUCGUCUAGAGGCAGAGAGGAAGGCUAGAUCCGAGCUGGAAGUGAAGUGCGCAAUGUUAGAGAGCCGGCUUCGGGUGCUAGAUGCGAAGCAUGUGGCGUUGUGCACCAAAUAUUCCGACUUGGAGGUGCGGCGCGCCAACGAGACCAAAGAGCACGAGGAUGCUCUUACUUUGGCCGUGUCUCGUUAUAAGAGCUCUGAGGCCUUCAACCAAGACGUAAAGGCUUAUUCCACCGCCCAUAUGGAGGAACUUGUCACUAGUUGGAUCACCACUGAUGCCGGUAGAGAGCGCAUAGUGGCCGAGGGAGAACUACUGUAUGAUGUGGGCCAAUACACGAUGCAGCGCGACAUUUAUGCGGUCCUUCGUCGCCAAGAUGAAGCCUUUGACCCUGUGCCCUGGGGUCUUCCUUCUGAGCUUGAGAACCCUGACCCCGCAGCCACGGCCUAGCCCAUGGAGGUCAUUGAUGGUGCUGAAACCUGCCCAAAUUCUCCCUACAAUUCGAUCACCAACUUCCCUCACUAUGAGAACCUGCUCCCUGAGCUUCACCAUGAUCCAUCGGCUGCUACUCUCUCUAAUUCUACAAAUAUAUACGGAGUAUAUUUUUACCAUAUUCAUUAUUUAUUAUAUUUUUUUAAGGCUGAAUUGGAAUAUAUACUUUGUGAUUUAAUUUUUUUUGACAAUUUAUACCUAAUGUGGCCGACUGUUCUCACACAUAACGAGGCGUUUGAUUGGAGGA